CUUUUUGAAUUUUAGUCAGUGUGUAGUGUGUAUAUUUGGGCAUAAAAAGAUCUACAAACUUACAAAUCUCAAAGUCCACUCCAAAGGGAGAUAUUUCAUUUUUAAAAAAUCCCUUUUCAAGAACUACAUCGUUUGGACUACAAAGUUGUUUUCCUGUAUUUGUGAUAUCACAAAGUGGUCCAUUAAAAAUAAAUCCCACCUACUGAAAUUCGAAUGGUUGGGGGGUGGGGAAAACGCUUGAGCACUGCACGUUUCAAAAUUGAAACCCGGUGCGGGUGUUUUUAUAUCACUGUAUUUCUGAAGGAAACCGACUGUCUUCAGAAAAUUAUGGAUGUCAUUUUCAUUUCAUCUUGCAUAUAAUGUCUGAUAAAGCAACGAUUGUGAGCGGAGCUCUGCUUUGUGUACAGCGUUACCGGGGAAACCUCGCUCUCUACCACUCUCAACAGCACCUCCUGCUGGCAGAGAAUUAAUUUGCAUAUAUAUGCCACCACAAAUAGUGUAACUCUGUGGGACUAUAGUAUAAAUAAAUUAAACUGUAUAACAGUUUCACUGCAAUUCAUGUUAUAAUGUUAGAAUUAAAGAACAAUAAACAUAAUACAUAUUACCAUUGCACUUAUCUGUACAUAGUAAAUGCAGUUAUUUUUAAGCUGUUGUUGACAUCCUAUCUAAAACGUGAUUUAGCCAAAAAUAAAAUAAAAACAACAACAAUAACAUUAAUAACACUUUAAUAUGUCUUGCAAUAUCCGUGCGUGCAAACGUUCUGCGCGAUCCUCUUGUUCAAUAUUCUGGAGAUCUGAAUUGAUAUGCAAUAUUGAUGAACCUGCUGUUUUGGCAAGGGGCGGGGCAGUACUGAAACACCGUCUAAGCUGUUCGCCAAUCACAACGCACUGGGACAACUAACCAAUCACAACACAUUUCGUUUUUUGGAAGGUGGGCCUUCAUCAACAUCGAGCCGUUUGUGCCAGGCUGGGGAGAAAAGUAUUAUAAUAAUGUAAAUUAUGUGAAAAAUAAUGUGUUUUUCGAACCACCGAGCAUGAAAGCAUGUUCUUAUGCACCCCCAAAACAAAAUCAAGACUUUGUAAAAGAGCAUAAUAGGACCCCUUUAAGUCUAUCUUUAUUACAUAAAAAAAAAAAAAAAAAAAAUCAUCAGUAGAUCGCUCAUUUUAUCAAAAUAAUCGUUAGUGACUGCCCAAUUUCAAAUGUUUCAAAAUGCACCUGCAUUGUUUAUACACUUCUUCAAAAAUUCUAUGACCAACAUGAUGUAUUGCAGGGUUCCUUAAUUAGUUUUCGCCGAGGGCCGAAUUCUGCCAACAAUACCAAGCCAAGGGCCACUGACCAAUUAUAUAUAAAACUCUUUCACUCUUUCAAGUGUAUUAUCCCUGUUGGUGUUGGUCAGAGUUUGUUUUCUCUGAUUCAACAUGUUCAUUCGGCAUUUGUUGGCUUGUGGGAUGUCUGAGUGUUAGCUGACAUCUGUCUAUGCGAUGUAAAUUGGCCUUAAAAUGUUCACAUUACUCCCUUUUUGGACUUAACUGAUGAAUUAUGUUCUAAAAAGUGUAUUGUACUGAUUAGCCCUAGCUAAAGUGUUGUGGAGGGUUACUUGUACUGUUAUUGUGGCAUAUGCUGAAGAAUUCAGCUUCAAAAUUCAGAAUGACCUAAUCAUCAAAGUGCAUCACUGUCAAGGGCUUCAUCAAGUCAGUGUGAUGUAAAUAUCAGUAUAUUUAGGUGGUAAUUAUGAAGGAUAUAUUACAAUUAAUAUUUUAACCCUAUCAAAACUAGACAUAUACUCACCCCUCAUUAGAGAGCUGCACAAUUCUAGCAGCACUUUAACAUCGAGUUUCAUGUAGUAUGUAUGCUACCUCCACUGCUGUUACCAGAGACUCAAGGAGAGCCAUUACAUUGACAUCUUCAUCACAUGGUCUAUCCUGAGUGAAAAUACUAGAGGUGUCCCUGCCCUGCAUGUAUGGCUCCAGGAAGUUGAGGAUGACAUAUACUUCCAGCUCCGACUGCCUCCUGCUACCCCUGAACCUGAUUCUUUCUCUUCAUUUUUCUCUUUCAUGUUUGGUGCUGCACUGUGACAGCAAGAGGAAGCUAAAGAUGUCUUCUGUCAUACCAGGAAAACACAGUAUAAUCAGCACAAUAAGUAACACAUUUCCUAUUUAUUGUUGCAUUUGUUUGUUUUUGAAUAAUCUGUGGCCCUAAUUAAUAUUUAUUUUUAUUGAUAAACUUUGCUAUAAAUGGUUUCUGGAUUUAAACAUGACUGUUUCGACUUUUAGAAAGAAUCUUAAACGCUAAAUGUGCUACACAAUUCAUUGUAUAAACUUUUGACAUUUUAGCUCAGUUUGGACAGGACUUUUAUUUUGGUGUGUUGAUGUGACGUCACAAGGCUGCGCCGCGCUCCUGCGUCUGUGAUUCAAGAAAGGUUUGUGUUUAAAAGUUUUUAAAUCAACGCUAGUCGUGCGGGCUAUUUUCCAGCGAUGUAUUUGCUUUAAUUAUUAUUUGUAAGACUGUAAUGAUUUAUCUGACGUUAAUGUGCGUUAUUUGUGAGAGUAAAAGAAAAGCUGCUCGUGAAGCUGUCAAACAGUGAUGGAGAAUCCUGUGAAAGAAACAUUAGAUCGUUUUCAUCUGAAUAUAGAUUACAGUUCUGUGGAAAUAGCUUUAUUAAUUUUUCUCUUUUUUUCUCUGUUCUUCUAUCUGCAUGUCACCAUUUCUGGUCAUUAAAAUGAAAUUCAAAGUAACGUUAGCCCUGAACCAAUCUACAGCUUUACUGUAGGUAAUAUAGUUAAUAUAACUACAAUAUAGAUGUUAAUAAUAUAGAGCUAAUAUAGAUGUCAUGUCAAAGAAAAUGUAUAAAAAUGAUUUGUUUUGGAAAAUCUCUGUGUAAAUGUGACUCACAAUGCUAUUUUGCCCAUUUCCAAACAUUUUAUUUUGAUUUUGUAACAUAUUGAAUAAAUAAAUGAAGAAAAUCCCUAGAUACUGUUAAUUUAUUGUAUGUUUGGGAUUCCCUUUAAUUUAUGAAAUGUAUUAUUAAUAUGUUAAUGUUAUUGUUGUUGUUAAUAUUAUUAAUAUUAAGUCUUUAAUUGGUUUUUAUGUUGUCUUAAGAAGUAGUAAGUUAAAUGUUUAACUUGUUUUAAUUUAUUUUAUUUUAUUAUUAUUAUUUUUUUUUUUUUUUGAUAAUCAGGUUAUUUAGGGCCAUUAACUAUGACCCUGACUGACUCCCUUACAAGUGUACUGACUACUGAACUUUUUUUUCUCAUUUUAAUCAUGACAGAUUGUCCAAACACACAGAAAACUCCUGCUGAAGUAUCUGAGAUCCACGUGAGACACUAUUAUAAAGAUGGCGUUUAUUAAAGAGGAGAGUGAAGAUAUAAAGAUUGAAGAAGUAUUCAGUCUGAAACAAGAAGAUGCUGAGGAACAAACAGACUUGAUUGCGCUGAAAGAGCAGAGUGAAGAUCUGAAUGAAAACGAAGAGAAAGAUCUGAUUGAGAAACAUCAUGAUUUCAUAACUGAAGGAAAAUCGUUUAGUUGUUCACAGACUGAAAAGACUUGCUCACAAAAAAGUGAUCAGAAGGCUGGUACAAAAACUCAUUUCAUUUGCCAACAGUGUGGAAAGAGUUUCAAUAAAAAAAGAAACCUUAAAGACCACAUGAGAAUUCACACCGGAGAGAAGCCUUUCACCUGCCAACAGUGUGGAAAGUGCUUUGCACGAAAAAGCAGUCUCAGGAAUCACUUGAGAACUCACACCGGAGAGAAGCCAUUUGCAUGUAGUCAGUGUGGAAAGAGUUUCGCACAUAAAGAAACCUUUUAUACUCACAUGAGUCGUCACACUGGAGGAAGACCUUACACCUGCAAACUCUGUGGAAUAUCCUUGAAACGAAAAGGAAAUCUUAAGACUCACAUGAGAAUUCACACUGGAGAGAAACCUUUCACAUGUGAUCAGUGUAAAAAAUGUUUCACACGUAAAGGAAGUCUUAAUAAGCACAUGAGGAUUCAUUUAAGAGAGAGCUGUUUUUUAUGUCAUCUAUGUAAAAUGGGUUUCAAAGACAUGAAACGCCUUAAAAGGCACAUAGUAACUCACAUUGGACAGAAGCCUUUUUUGUGUCAUCAGUGUGGAAAGACUUUCACACAUGAAGGAAACCUCAAGAGUCACAUGAGAAUUCACACUGGAGAGAAGCCUUUCACCUGCCAACAGUGUGGAGUAAGUUUCACUGAAAAAAGAAGCCUUACAGACCACAUGAGAGUUCACACCGGAGAGAAGCCUUUUACCUGCCAAGAGUGUGGAAACAGUUUCACUCGGAAAGGAAGCCUUAAAGUCCACAUGAGAAUUCACAACAGCGAGAAGCCUUUCUCCUGCCCUCUGUGUGAAAAGAGUUUCAGACAUAAAAGAACCCUUAAUAUCCACACGAGAGUUCACACUAGAGAAAGGCCUUUCCCAUGUCUUCAGUGUGAAAAGAGAUACACAAAAGAAGUAGAUCUGAAAAGACAUAUACAGUCUCAUUCUGGCAAGAAAUUGCCAGAAUGCUCUGAGUGUGGUAAGAUGUUUAAAAAAAGGAGCAACUUCAAAAAUCAUGUAUGCCUUCACUCUGGAGAAAGUAGGAUACCCUUGGGUUCUUGAAAAGCAUGUCAAAGCAAUAAAUUCAAUUUCAACAGCUGUAAGUCUACAAAAAGUCUUAAAUAUCACAGUGGGGCAAAAAAAUAAAUACAAUUUUGGGUCCCACUUUAUAUUAGGUGGC